CGCCGUAAGAGACCAUGGGGAGGGCGCGACAUUUGUACCAGCCAAUCACAGCGCUCGGGAGGAGGAGCUCUGCGUUGUGAUUGGCAGCCCACGCCCUCUCCCGAGUACAACCAAAAAGAAGUGCACUCCUACAUGGAGUGUUCGGAAGAUGACAAAAAUGAUUCACAAAAGCCAUUGGAUGAGUGCAGAGAUUCGCAGAGUCAUCUGGCCAGUGACACCACAGACGAUGAACAGGAAGAUCUGCCGUAUGAUGGGAUCCUGGAGUGCUAUCUAGUUCCAAGUUCACAGCAAGAUGAAGAGAACAGCCCCGGCACCCCACUGACCAGCACUGAGGAAAGUCAACCUGCUAAUAGUCCAAUACAAUCUACUACGAUACCAUCGACUUCCAAUGACAACGCUCUUUAUUCCUUGGAUAGUAGCGACUUGUUCAGCUUGUCUGAGACUAUUUCCAAACCUAUAACUCAGGCUACAGAAGACACGGAGCAGGAAUACGAGGAGUUCUUAACUAUUCCAACAAUAAUCCCAGAUGUUCUUUUACGGCACAUUACUAGCGACAAUCUUGUCAAUCCUUCGGAAUUUAUCGAUUAUGAGACAAUACCAGAAAUAUCUAUUAUGGAAAGCUUCGAGGAAACAGCAGAAGGAAAAAGUGAUGGAAAACUUAGUCAAUGUCCUCAAGAAGAAGACGAGCAAGAGGGUUUUAAAGAGGAAUACUUGGAAAUGUAUCGAGAAGCAGGCGACAGUAUUCAAGAAAACGUGACGAAUGGCACCGAUUCCGAUAUAGAUGAGAUUUUGGGAAAUGAUGAAGAGAAUGAAUCUGAACUUAUACAGAAGAAUGUGGAAGAGGAGGAGGAGGAGGAGAGGUUUCCUCUUGAUUAUGUAGAUAAAGAACGAAAGCCAUCUGCCUACGAACCCCAAAGACGACCCUCGUAUGAGAUGAAAUACGGCCAAGGGCAGGUUCAUUACAGACUACCCGAUUUUUCUAAAGUGGCUCCAAAAGUGAAAAUUCCCAAGGGUGACUUCGAUGCUGCGAAACCUAGUCCUACUAAACUAAGUCCUACAGUAAAGAAAACGGCAACUUCUACCAGUUUCAUUGGACAGUCAUUCCUUAUUCAAGACAUUCUGGAUUCUAUGCAACCGGGACCAAUAAAGGAAGAGUCUCUGUUUUUGGACAAACAACGUGGAGAAGUUUUAGCAAAUUCCAAUUUCAAUACCAAAGUCCACACUGAGUCUCCAUCAUCUUUGGGAUGUUCUCCUUCAAAUCAAACUCAACUUCGAGACAGUGGUCUUGGAAUAUCUGGUUCCGAGGAAGAAGUCAUUGAGGAGCUUCAGAAUGUGGAGAGUGCACGGGAACCGACCGAGGGCGCCAAGAUGACCGGACCGCUGAUGGAACAAGCACAAACACUGAAAAACAAAGUUUUCCAUAACCUCAAGUCCUGCUUAGAAACCUUGGAAAUUGACUACCUGUCUACUAAGGAGAAGCAUCGCAUUCUGCAGCUUCAAGUCUACAGGACGGGAAGCCAAACAGUAGGAGACUUUGAUAUAGAGAGGGAGGUGGAGGGAAAGGUAUUCAGACUGGGCAUGUUAUUGGAAGAUAUACAAGAACAAAUCAAAAACAGCGAGGAAAAUAAGCAUGAGCCCGUGUCUACGACCCUUUCAGGAAAAGCUCUUCUUAACACAGAGGAAGACAAGAAUGUCCACGAACUGGUAAUAAACAGCAACACCGACAAAGUAGAAUCAUGGUCUCCAAAUAUUAUAACAGUGUCAGAGACACAGAUACAAGACUCACCCGUGGAGAAAGAGGAGAAAGCAGCAAUCGAUAGGCUACACCAGCUGUAUUUGGACCCUGAUAUUUCUAUUGGAACCAAAGAGCUUGAGCUAGACCCAGCACUUAGUGAUCACAGCACUGUACAUAGCAUCAACCAGUUGACCAGAAAUGAAGCUUCAGUGAUCUCCAAUGAACUUGUUCCUCUUAUUCUUGGUGAUCGAGUCUGUAAACCUAAAGGUCCACGCUCUCUUUGCCAGGUGGAGCGUCCUGAAGACUGGAUUUUGGCUGAAGAGUCAGGGUUUGUUGCAAUAGGACGAAGUACAGGAGAACUAAAGAAAGAUACCGGGUCUUCACCACAUCUCAGAUACCUGGAAGAUGAAAUGAGAAAAACUCAAAGGAAGUUCAGAAGGACACAAAAACAAAUGCCCAUUUUUGUUCAAGAAAAGGAUGCGGACCUGGAUUUGACCAUUUGUAAUGGGACGCAGGAUUCUCUGAGCUCGGAUUGGUCGGUGACUUCACAUUCUGGAUUGCUCCGGUGCAGCUCAAACAGCCCCAUAAAUGACAGGACGGAUUUGUAUGGAGCAUCAUCUGACACACUUCAGUAUCGUAAUGGAAGGUUACCUAGGGCUGAAAAACAGAGGAAUUCGCUCAACACUGAAAUGGAUAUACAGAAAUAUCAAAUACAGAAGUCCUUAUGGUCGUCCAAACUAUCUCUAUGUGUACAGAACCAGAGUCGUCUGUCCAAAAGGCAGCAUCACAUACACAGCAGCCACAACGUGCCAUCCAGCAGAUCCAGUGGGCGAUCUUCAGUUUCCUAUCACUCCCAGUCGACUAAUUCCACAAUAUCAACUUUACAAAGAAAAGGAUGGAAGACUGUCAGUCCACACCAUCUGGAUUACAGAGAGGACAAGAUAUUGAAUUAUGUUUUGGACAACGCCUUGAGAACGGCCAAGAACAUGCAGAGAACCAGUGAGAGGAUGGUGCAGAAAUUAUCUAGAGAUCUGGUGAAUCGCAGCCCAUACACCAUGGAGCAGAACCAUAUAUAUAAUGCUAAUGAAUUACAAGAUGACCCUUUGUAUUAGACUGUGUCAGUCUGUCCUGCUGCCUCAUCUCUUCAUUCCUAAAAUAACGCGACUGCUCUAUGACCAGAGAAGUUAUCUACUAGACAAAAAGGGACAAUAACGGGCACGGUGAAAUAGCAGUAUUAAAGAAAACCCUACAGAAUGAGUUCGGGUCUGCCUGGAUUUCCCUGACUGAAUAAAACCGAUUGACCAAAAGGGAUCUCUAAGUUCUAAAAUGAAGCUUAAAGGG